AGUGGAAAUGUUAAGAAUACUCCCAGAGACUUUGAUGAUAUACGUUUGCAUUAAUUUCUUUAUCAAAGUGGACUAAUUGAUCAUAGUACCAUAAACAUAGACUGAAACUCAAUUUUGAAGAAACCAGAUGAGUGAAACAAGCUCUAUACAAACAAAACGAAAUAGAAAACAAUACUGUACUGUGAAACUAAUCAAAUAAGUUCGUCAAGUCAUGUUUUUAAUGUAACAAUCGAAUAAGUUGUGGGUGGCAGUUCGAGGUAAUCUUUCGCAUUUUUGGUGUCUGGCAUGUUGGGGGGUGGAAAUUAUUUAAUUACAAGUGUCCGUUUAAUACAGAUUGGUAACAAUAGAAAUGACUUUUUGCAGGUGAUUUUUAGGUGUCCGCGUCCGCUUACUAGAGGUGUCCGCUUAAUAAAGGUUUCAUUUAAAGUAAAUAAGGGAAAUAAAUUUUGGGACUUCGGCGACUGUCUGCUUAAUAGAGGGUGUCCGCUUAAUACAGGUUUCACUGUAGUUCUCUGGAUGCUGCCGUGAAGAAAGAAGGAGAUGAGAAGUUACAUGUCAAACUCUCGACUGCAGUUGACAGUAGAGAUGCUCAUGCAAUUGAAAUCAAAUAUCAUAAAAACUGCUGGACUAAACAUGUCACAAAUGUGCUUCGUAAACACUCGACCACAACAAACUCGAGCAAGCAAGUGAAGUAGCAGCCAAGAUAGAGUUUGUAACCAUGGCGGAGAUUGUACUGAAGAGUAUCAAGAUAAUGAAUAUGUCGCAACUACAGGCUGCAUAUGACAUCAUCUCGCAGGAAAAUAUUGUGAAAGCGAAGACAUGCAGUCGUAAGGCUAUAAAGACAGGGGCACCCAAUGGAUCUGUUCCUCAAAAUAUCUGUUCUUCAGGCACAUUUUUGCUGGCUGGGAGAUGUGGAAGAAGUAAUAGUCCUUGGAAGGAAAGUGUUGCUGGGAAAAAGAUAAUUCAGGGUGUCAGAGGGGAUUUGAAGUCUAGAAUAGCUGCUACGGGUUACUUGUAUGGGUUACUUACCACUCAAGAUCUGAAUUAUGCCCUAUGAAACUUCCCAGUAAGUCAGGUUGCAGGUUGUAAGUUUGCUGGCUGGGAACUCUUCCAUCAGUCUUGCUGGGAGGAACAGAUAAUUUUUUUCCAGCAAUCUCCCAAAAUGCUUAAAAAUAGUCUCAGAAAACUUUAUUCACGCUUUGUUGUUGUUUUUAGGUCUUUUUCUCAAAAUUUCCCGUUGGGUGCCCCUGUAAAGAAACUUAUCCAGGCCGACAUAGAAGGCGUUAAGUUCCACAAGCCCAAACGUGUAAAUGAAUCAGAGAGGGUAAGCAUCAAAGAAUCAAGAGAUGUUGCCAUUCAGUUCACAGUCUGAAACUGCUAAUGAAGAUUGUACAAGCAACAUGACACAAAGAUGAUCUUACAUGCCCUUGAUGCUACCGCUAAUGGCGCAAAUCAACUACAGAUUCACUCUCUGCACACAGAUGUCUUCGUCCUUGCUUUUAGACGUUAUCUGGAAUUGUGUGAGAACAGGCUGUUUGUCACGGGAAGAGGGCAACACCAUCGUAUUAUUGAGCUGAAACCAACUGUUGAAACUCUUGGCCCAGAGAAGAUAGCAGCACUUUCAGCAUCCCACGCGCUAAGCUGAGCUGACAACACAGGAAGUUUUUCAGGAAAGGGGAAGCUUCUCUGCUGGAAGAUAUUUGUAGAAGCAGAUUCAUCAGUUAUCACUACCCUUGCAGAACUUGGACAAGCUGCUCAUCCAAAUGAAGAAAUUGUCGCAGCCAUUGAGAAGUUUGUCUGUCUGCCAUAUCAACCAAGAACAAAACUUAUGACUGUUAAAGACCUACGAUGGAGCCUUUUCAAAAAAAAAAAAAGCACAAUCAGACAGGUUGCCACCAACACAGGCCGCGUUGCAGCAGGCAAUCCUGAGAGCCCAUUACCAGUUGACGGUCUGGAACAGCGACAGAAUAACAAACCCGGAGCUACCAUCAUCGCAGCACUAUGGAUGGCGGAUGGACCAAGAAGAAUGGGUAACUGUCAUGACCAACAUGCCACCAGCCCCUAAAGCGAUACUUCAACUAGUACAGUGUGGAUGUUCCAAAAAAAGGUGUUCCACUAACCGUUGCCAGUGCCGCAAGGCUGGUUUAAACUGCAAAAACUUUUGCAACUGCUCCGACAAUGGCGAGAGCUGUGUUAAUGAUGUUCAGGAGGAAGACGUACUCGACUCAUAUGAAGAGGACAGUUCAGACAGUAAAAUGUAUAUACAUGAGUGAACCACAUGAACAAUCACUAACAGUUUUUAUAACUGAUAACCAUGCUAAGAUAUUUUUGGGGGAGGUUAAAGUAGAUUUUGACAUGCUUCUAAAACUCCUGUGAAAAGUGAUUCAAAUGGCAGGGAAAGUUUAUCUGAUCCAUUGGUUUUGCUAAAUUGUCCUACUGUUCUGAAGAAAAAACUAGAUGACAGACUUGCUCAAAUAAACGAGUGCAAAUUACAGAAUCUGUUUUUAUUUUGAUCAAACUGGUUACCUGCCCUAUAUUUGUCGCAUUAAUGUCUCUAAAGCAAUUCAUAAAACGUAAUUAUUUUCUAAAACUUUUUCAUUGUGGUAAAAUAACAAAGGCAACAUUUAUUAUGUUGUGCUUUUGUAUCAGCCUCGUUUUCAUGCUAGCGUGGUAAUGUGAUAACCCUUACAAAAUAAUCACAUUUGAUUGCACAGAUGAUAUUCACCUGCAUGACUUUUGUUAAUGUCUGCCUUCAUCAGGGGAAGUUUAAGGGCUACCAGUGCAACUUUUGAGUGAGCCUCGUUUUCGUGUUAACUUGGUCACGUGACCCCAAUAACCUCUUAAAAUCGUAUGUUCGUAUUAGAAACAUUGACUUGCACAAAUGUGUUGUUUUUGAUAAAGUUUUACGGAAAUAAUGGAAAGCUAUGGACAAUUUUAUGUUUGAGCCUCGUUUCCAUGCUGGGAUAUACACAUGACAUUUUCCACCCCAUAUAAAUCCCGUCUGAGCAAGUUACAAAGUUGCCACCAAAACUUUUCAUGUUAUUUAGGGUCCCCUUAACACAUUUAGACUAGUGGCUUGCUUUCUUCACGAAAUUCCCACGGCAUUACACAUGCUCCCGGACUAAGUGUUAAGCUUUUGCACAGCAUAGCCGCUGUGACGUCACUUGCAAACCAGCAAUACGUUAUUUCUGUCGUGUUCGCCAAGUGAAACGGCCAUUAAAGUAAAAAACUGCUCUUAAGGAGGUACUUUAUAGUUUAGUCAUAUUGAUUUAAUUAGUGGGGUGUGUAUUUAUGGUGAAAGCGUCAUUAAGGUUUCUUGAAAAUCUAAAUGUAGACGGAUGAAUGGAACACCACCAUUUUAAGGACCUUCAUUCUAUUGCGUUACUUAUUUUUUUAUCAUUUUUUAUAUUUUGCCUUACAGCAAAGCAAGUAACUGGCCUCCAAAGCUUAUCAUGCAGCUCAUCCCACAAAAUCUAUUGGUAAGUUGACAAGUUUGAACUCUGGGUAAGGUUCAGUGAGCUGCCGUCCCCUCUCCCUUGCAUCCACCUUCCCCUCCCCCCAUGGUGCCCUCUCUUGAUCAGAGAAGCCCGCUACCUCGCGCAGGGGCGAGACUUUGCCCUACAACAUCUCGUCUUUGUUGUUAUGUUGGUAAACCAAUAGAAGCUUCAUUCUGUGGUUGUUAUAGACCAGUUUUUCUGUUUUCUCCUAGUCCACACUCGGACCUCUACUACAAAACUCCAGAACAGUGGCAUUCCAUUUUGCUGCUGAUGAUCCCACGUCUUUGAGAGCUCUGUACAGAGUCAUGGCGUCCAGUGGAGUUAAAUUUGUAAGUACAGGGGACUUCUCUAAAUAUAUCUGUCACAGGACUGAGGAUUUUUUGCAGUUUUUCGGUGAUAGUCUGCAAUAUUCCAUAACGAGGAUUUCCGUUUGGCUGGUGUCUCAUGUAAACCAACUUUUGUAAUUGACCACUACAGAGAACACCACAAAUUACCAUAAUACGCUUUGUUGGUCGCUCCAAAACUUUGCAUAAGUAUAAUUGUCUUCAGUUUCUCUUAGGCCUGUUUACAUGAAGGUAAGGGCCCUAGGUAGGUGUGGUAAUAUAUGGCGGGUUACCACACCUAACAUGUAAACGUGAUCCCAUCAAAAUGAGAGAUUAUAUGGACAGGCGGGUUACACCACCUAAGCGGCUUACCUCACCUUCCUGAGGCCCCCCACAUCCGUGUAAACAGGCCCUUAGAAGUUAAAAUGGCCCCAAGAGUAACUGAAAACAAUACUUAUGCAAAAUUGUGGAGUGACCAACUAAGCUUAUUUUGGUAUCUUGUGGUAUUUUUUGUAGUGGUCAAUAUCUUUUGUUCUCUGCACGAUUUGCCCGUGUAAUGCAUCAGCUCCUCGUAAAUUUGCGUACACUGCACGUGCGGUUCGUGCAAGAAAUAAAAUAAAAUGAAAUAAAUAAAUAAAACACUUCAAAAGUAAGGUUUAGAUGAAGCACCACCCAAGCGGCAGUUUGAAGAAUAUUAUGGUAUUUACCGCUCUGGCCAAUAUUAUGCUUUACAUUAGCAUGGCCUUUUUUUCAGGCUGGGUGCGUACAUUUCCCGCCAGUUCCUCAGUGUGACGUCAAAGUCCUACUUUUAAUAUUCAGCCCCAAGAAGCGAGCAUUUGUUGGAUUAAUUCCUAAUGAACAGGUUAGUAGGGUUCAGCGAAGUAUUAAAACUUAAUGCUUUUUUGCAGUGUAUUCAGCAGAGCGCUUUUUACUGCAACCGCUAUUUCUGUUAUAGUGCAUCAAAACCAAAAAAGAACUUUCUUCAGUCACUCGACCUUUUGUUAGCCCAGGAUUAUCUCCAAAAAAAAAAGACAACAACAACAAAAACAAAAACGAAAAAAAAUUCAGUAGCAGUUAAAGCAAGCCUAACAGUAGAGGACUUUUCGUUAAUCUCUUGGUUCAACUUGUUGUUUUCUUUUUCCUUUUUUAACGUUCAACCUAUUUGAUAUUGAAGAUUAACCUCAAUGUCACUAUCUUGACAUUGGGUUUAAUUCUGAAACGUUGCAGUCUAAAACCAACGCUGGAUGCGUUGUUGUUUUCUUUUCUUUUUAGAAAAACUUUGUACUCUCAAAUUGCGCUUCAAUUACAAAACAAUACAGUGAAAUCUCUAUUUAGCGGACACCCUCUAUUAAGCGGAAGAAUAUUUCAGUUUUUUUUUCAAACGUUUCUUGCCAUAUUUUCUGAAAAACAAUUUAGUGGACACUUUUAUUUAGCGAACACCAGCAAAGAUCCCGCAGGUAUCCUCUUACGUAGCUUUAGUUUAUGAGACAGCUGUGUAAAAUGAACCACAUUGGACUUGUAAAUUAAACCAAAGUAAUUAUGUUCCCUUUUACUUCUUUAGGGAAACUUUGUUGAAGGAAUCAGGGUGAGUUAUGUAUCUUCGGUAUUUUUUUUUUCUACUUUUCUGGGCCAGAGUGGUUUCAGUGGUCUCGUGGUUUCAGCAAAAUGCAAAAUGGUCAGACAUUUGUACGAAAAAAUCAUACUGAAAUAACCACGUAUUAGGGCCUGUUUACAAGGAGGUGGGGGACCCCAGGUAGGUGAGGUAACAUGUGGCGGAUUACCCCACCUAACAUGUAAACGUGAUCACAUUUAAAUGAGAGACUGUAUGAACAGGCGGGCUACUCCACCUAAGCGGGUUACCUCAGCUAAGCGGGUUACCUCAGCUACCUGGGGUCCCCCACCUCCUUGUAAACAGGCCCUUAGAAAUAUCGAAUAGCCAAGCCUGGGCGUGGAUUAGCAACAUUGGACAAGAUUUAAGCGAACUGCAAUGGCGUGAACUUUAAACAUCAACACGGCUUUGUCAUCUUGAUCUGAAGGCUUUGUUUUACGGCUGUCUAGUUCAUUUUGCUUAUGAUAAUAAUGAUGUUAAAUAACAAUAACAAUGCAAUUUUGCGUCCCUAUUCACCGUGAAACUUGCGAAAUUACUGAAUACUCGCAUUCAAAUUUGCCGCUUUGCUGACCGGAUGAUGAACAAUUAACAAUUAUUCCUCGAGCCCUAAUGGGCUCUGAGUAUCGGCCUCAUGGGCUAUUGACUCAGAGGCCGUGAGGGCCAGAGGAAUAAUUGUUUUAGUAAAAUCCGACUAGUUGGUCAGAAAUAUCGAGACAAAACAACUGUACAUAGCAAAUCGCGAUUUAGCCACCAUUGUUUUGGUUUUCAAAGCCGGCACUUUUCGUCACUAGUGGGCUAUAACAUACCGUAAAAUUCCGAAAAUAAGCCCCUCCAUGUAUACGCCCCUUCAAAUAUAAGCCCCCCAAACCGGUAACGUAAAAAACCUUCCGUUAAAUCGCCCCUCCAAAUAUAAGCCCCCCAGGGGCUGGCGAUUGGAAAAUUGCCCUCAAAUACAAAGUAAAACAAAGCAAAAAGGGUAAAUUUUCUUCCAUCUAUAAGGCUAGCCCAAUCGAUUUUGAGACGCAAAUUUCCCUCUGUAUAUAGGCCCCUCCGAAUAUAAGCCCCUCCAAAAAUAAGCCCCUUAAAAAGGGCCUUUGAAAAAUAUAAGCCCCUGGGCUUAUUUUCGGAAUUUUACGGUAUAGCCUAGUUGUAGCUCAACCAACCAGAACGCAACAUUGAUUAUAGACCACUGGUUGGAUUUUACUAAUUAAUGAUGUCCACGGUUUCUGCGCGAUGAUAAUUUGAGAAAAGGUGUAAUCAACAUGUCACGAGCGCAGGAGAAAGAAAAAUCUGAGUCCCCAUCAGGAAUUGAACCUGUGACCUUCCGCACACCAAUUUGUUUGUUUGUUUUUUUGUUGCUCUUUCAGACUGUUGUCCAACGGCACAAACUUGAGCAGGUUGCAAAGGUACUUAUGUUGGUGUAAUUCGUGUGAAAUCUAAUAGUUAUUGACAAGAGUGCCUAUAGACCUCUUUCAUAAUGGAGACCUUUUAAUACAUUCUUUUAUGUGUGAUAAUUUUCUAACGAGGUUAGAAGGGCUAGUUAUCGUACAUAGGUCGCCAUUAUGAAAGAGGUCCAUUUUUGUGCUGUUGAACUAGCUUGUGUACAGCAGCCCCCUCGAACUAAGUUAAGAGAAAUUUUAACAAAAUGUUGUCGUCCAGUAGCUUUUAAAACACUAGUGGCUUUUUUCACAGAAACCCAGUUAUGUCAACCAAAAUGACUUUCCAUAGUUGAUAAAAAGGUAACUGAUAACUAACCCUUAUCUGAUCUGGGUGUGAAACCAAGAUGACUGCCUUCUGAUGGACUCCAUAAAUAUGCAGUACUGUAAACGGUUUAAGGCGAUCAUAGGGAGUUUAAGCAACGACGUUUUUGAGCAAAGUACGUCAACCGGAAGUAGACUUUUUGACUCACUUCCGGUUGACGUACGUCGCUUAAAACGUCGCUGCCGAAACUCCCUAUGACGGUAACGUAACAUUUUAUUUGCCUCAGUUUCAACAAAUUCAAAGACAGCGGAUAUUGCUGCAGCAGCAACAACAACAGCAGCAACAACAACAACAACAACAACAACAACAACUUCGGCAACAGCAACAGCAGCAAACACAGCAACAAACUCAACAGCAACCACGGCCUAAGGGCUUCGCAGGGCCUGGCAUGACUCAAGCGCAGGUUUUUUAAACUAAAAGUUCUCCUUACUUGAUUCCGGGUUUCUUUUAGUUCUUGUUUGGGGAAAAGGCAUAAGAAUCCCAAGUUUUCUUUGUGGAGAUCCGCUUCUCCUUUUAAGUCCAAAAUCACGCAAAAUAAUUUUGUAUUAUAAAACGAGUUAGAAGUUAUGAAUAUACGAAGAUCAUAUAUGAGAACUGCGGAGUGAAGAAUAAUAUGACAGAAGAUCAUCGCAGUUAUAGACGCAACUUCUGCAGUUUCGAAAAGAAAGCCUCAAAAAAGACUCAGGCUUGUACGAGUUAGGUAAUGAAUUUGUCGCACCAAGUCUAAUUUCUUCGGCCCAGUUCAAACGUCAAUCCUAAUCCCUUGAAUUUAGUACAUGAAGAGAUCGACGUUUGGAUCAGUUAAGUUCGACUGACAUAUCUAAUUUGAGUUGAACCCAUGAAUUAAGAUCGAGUGGCCCACUUCGUUUCAAACGUCGAAUUUCUCAUGUGCCGAACCUAGUGUAUAAAUUACUAAAGAAUACUUUCACUUGUAAGCAUUUUAGACCAUUGAACAUUGUAGAAAAGAAUUGAGUCUGACAAAUUAAGUUCGUCAUCCGAAUCAACCGUCGAACGUGUAUCAUUUGGGUCGACCUAAAUAGGUAUUAAGUUCGGUACAUGAAAAGAUCGACGUUUGAACUGGGCCUUAGAGAUCUUAGACUUGACACAAUUGCCAAAUUCCUGGCUAUUCUAGUUUUCUUAAGUUCCGUCUCUUUACAAUCCACGUGUUGAAAAUAUGUGAUUCUCACCCAAGGUGGGACGGGACAGAUUCACGACCCCUCGUGUUUUAGUUUUAAAAAUAGAACCAAACUAUAAAAUUACGUUGAAUUGUCGCAUUUAAGAGGGCCCAAGCCGAGUAUCUUCUAAACCUAAGGUAUAUUGUGGAUCGUAGCAUUUCAAGAUCCUGAGAGUAUAUGAGUUACGGUCUUUUUGUUGCUAUUUUUAGUUUCAGCAGCAAAAUGCCGCUUUGCAACAGGUACAAGUUUCCCAGCAGUCUUUGCUAAAUGCUGCUGCGACUACAAUGAUGUCCACGGCAACGCCGGGCCUAGGACAGACCCAAGAGGGUAUGGUGACUAGUGCUCAGAGCACAGUGGCCUCUAGUUUGGGCUUGACAUUCAGUGGAGUAAACACUGGGAACCACAAUAUGCUUUCCAUGGACCAACAAGAUAACGCUGCCGUAAGUAAAAGAGAUGGCAUUGCCGGCUCAAAUAAAUUUCAUUUCCCAAGAUUAAUUUCUUUGGGGCAGGCUAUAAUCUCACUAUACCGGCGAAAAGCUUUACGGUAUGAUAUGGACAGCAACCGCACAGAACAGUCGUUCACACAAAUCGAACAUCGUGCCAGAGCGUUUUGCAGAGAAGGAUUGGUGAACUAAAUCCUAGUCUUCACUCGUCGAUAUUUACUUUCGUGUCAGUGGGUACCAGUCUUCUUUCCUACUUACAGUCGACUCCCCAUAACUCGAACCCUCGCUAACUCGAACCUCGCGCUAACUCGAACCAAAAUCGAUUUCCCCUGGAUUUUUUUCAUACAUUUACUGUAAUUUUACCCUCGGUAACUCGAACCCUCAAUAACUCGAACCUCCCGCUAUCUCGAAGUAAUUUUUGUUUCCCCUCAGAUCAUUUCCAUACACAUUUACCCUCAAUAACUCGAACCAUCUUUUGGACGCUUAAAAAGUCGGGAAAAAAAAAUAAACAAACAAAAAAAAACACAGUGUACUGUCUGGCAAAACAUAAUUUUGAAUUUCCCAUUGAUCUGUUGUAGGCAUAUAGUUUACUAGUGAAGGUUGAUGUUGUUUGUCACAAAGAUAACAUGAGACAGCUUUGCUACUCAAAACAGUAAAACGCAUGCUCUAUUUAGGCUAUGGUGUUUACGCUACGUUCUGAUUUAUAAUCUAGAAGUAAAUUUCAAUUUCCGCUCAACAUUUCUACAACUAAAUGUGAUUAAAAUGUUCACUGUCCAGUGAAAAACUGGUUUUUUUUACUUCCGGGUAUUUCCUUCGAGCUCCGGAUAACUCGAACGCGCAAUAACUGGACCCUUGAAGGUUCGAGAUAUCGGAAGUCGACACUGUAUUCCGUCGGAAUAGCUGUUCACACUGCACCAAAGUGUGGCACACAACCUAGUAUCCGAUAUGUGACGCUUCACUUUCCAGAUCGGCGUAGCGCAGCUUCGAUCCGUUACAGAAAUGGCGCCGAAAUCACCGUUCUUGUGUGUAAAUAGGAGCCCUAUCCAAUAUGAUUUCCGUGCCGGCGUAAAGGCUAUCUGGACCAGUGUGAUCAUAAACUAAGACUGCUUCUUAUAAUCCCCUGAAAGACAGAGAGGAUUUUUCAGCCGAUGAGAAUAGCUCGUUACUCUCUGAGGUUGAAAAGGUGAAAUCAAUCCCAAAUGUAAUUUUCGUCUGCAAUGGGUUGUAUGUAACUAGGAGAUCUAAGUUUUAAAGUUCAUUUAGGCAUUUACGUUUUACAGCGUCUGAAGAUAAUUAUUGAAUAAUACUAUUCUCCAAUGAAUUUAUAGGUUUAUGCACCUGGUUUAUGCAUAACGAAAAUAGGCGAGUAGAAGCAGCUUUGAGUUGGUUUUAGUCGUGUUCAAAGUCUUUUUCUUCAAGUUUAAUACAAGAAGAGCUUAUGAAAGCAUAAUAAAUACACUUUUUACCGUGUCAUGAUGACAAACAGCACAGUUUUCCCAGAAGAUGCUUGUAAAAAUUCUUAAGAACAUUAUUUGAAAGAUCAUGUAAUACGCUUACUGCCCACCUACCCCUCCCCUAAGCCAUCAUUUUGCCCAAAGUGAGCAUUAAGUGCUAAUGUAGCUUAGGGGAGGGGGAGGUGGGCAGUUUCCCAGAAACUUAAAUUGAUCCAGAAAGAGCACUUAAUGAGAAUUCUUAUUUUCAUCGGCAGUCUUUCCAAGCGUUCCAGCAGGAGCUACAACUAAAGCAGCAGCAGCAGCAGCAACAGAAACUACAACAACUUCAACAACAACAACAACAACUUCAACAACAACAGCAUCAAGCACAGCUAACACCGCAACAACAACAGUUAUUAGCUCGAAGACAACAACUUCAGCAGCAGGUAGUUAGUAGUUAGCUUUCAGGCUUUAUUCUAGAGCGCGGCCGUUGAUGGAUUUCCGGAUUUGGAAAAAAAUGCCGCGUCAAAUGGGGCGCAAAAAAAUAGGCUCAAAGAUAAGUACUAUUUUUUUGAAAUAACCUAUUCUAAAACAUCACUGACAACAACACUGAUUUGACGGCCGCUCUAUAAACCUACUUUGAACUUUUAUAGCCUCUUACUGUCUCAAUUGCCUUUCUGUUCUUCGUUUGAGUCAUUACGUCACCAGACAAACAUCCAGGAUUCUGCAGUAAUUCGAGCCAAGGCUUUUUCAGUUGCCCAGAAUGUUGCAAAAUGGCGGCAAAGUUUCGAUAAACGUUCGUUUUCUCGUGGAACAGUCUGUACCAAUAAGUUCUAAUACCUUUUGGGGGACCCCCUUUCUAGGGCCCGCUAAAUUACCGAAGGAGGCCUAUUGGAUCCUCAUUGGCCAAUUUCUAGAAUAAACCCUCGCUUUGUUAUUUUGGAAGAAGUACCCUUUUUCCUGGAAAUGAAUCAGUCCCCGCUUUGCCCAGUGCCUGUUUCAAAUGUCGGACAAAAUAGGGGAGGGGGAGGGGUAGGGUGAAGGGGAGAGGGGUGUGUGAUCGAGGGGUGGAAAAUUAACGAACGGAAAUUUUGUUUUGGCAACUGUUGGACAUAAAUCAUUUACGCACGUGCGUGGUCGUAGUCUUCUUAUUAUACAACGUAAGGGAUAUCAAAUAAAUCAAUCUAUAAAUCGAUGUAGCAGUACCUCCUAAAGUUCAGUUCCCUCUUUUCAUUACUUACCUCGUGUACUGGACACAGAUGACGUAAAACAAAAGAAGAAAAACUAUGAAACAAUACCAAGCAGAUUUUUCUCUGAACAGAAAACAAAGAAGUCUUUUGUUUUACGUCAUCUGUGUCCAGUGUUUUGACCAAUUUGUGUUAUGUGGUAACAAGGGUGAAAUGUUUUAAUGUGACAACAGCCUAUGAUAAAAUAAGAUUCAGGUAUCGUACGACUGUACAACAAUUUGAAUUCGUCUGUUACAGCUUCAACAAGUACAGCAACAACAACAACAACAGCAACAGACACAGCAACAAGUCUUUCCACUACAGGAUUCCCAGGUUCAACAGAUGGAUUCAAGCCAGGCUGGAAUCCAGUCCCAACUCCGUCACCUUCUACAGGCUAACCAGGCUUCAGCUCAGCAGCAGGGAUUAGCUGCGGCUGCGCAGCAGCAAGGGAUGACACCACAGCAGUGGCAACUUCUGCAACUCCAGCAGCAACAACAGAGAUCCCAAGCAGCUGUUCAGAUGCCUCUCGGCCAGGUAAGCUGGUGGUUUGGAUUGAUUUUUCAUUGAUGAACGCGUGUGUAAAGAAACCUUAUUCACGAUACCCCCCAUCUUUGCACGCGCUUAAGGUCUUAUGGGACAAAAACGAAAUCGCGUGGUUUUUCGGGGAGUGGGGGGCGGGGGGGGCAAACAAGUGAAAAAAACUGCCAAUACAAGAAAUUGUGGUCGUCUUUAAGACAAUAGUGGCAAAUUAUGGGUGGAAGUGAUCAUAGAUGUCUUCUCAGUAAGUAAUAAUGACGUAAAACUUGUCGAUACUCGAACUGUACGUUUUGCAUGACCUUUAAUUCGUCCUCUCGUUUUGAGAGAAUAAUCAAACUUGAUUACGAUUACUUGUAUUGAGACAUUUUAUCACUUUUUUGUCCCCUAAAAUACCACGUGACAUUGGUUUGAUCCCGUCAAUCCUGAAGCGCGUGCAAAGAUGGCGGGUGUUGUGAGACAGUCUUUUUUUACUCAGUGUAAAUCUAUGAAUGAGCUCUUUGAGGAAAAUGUGAUGUUUCCGACAGGAUUCGUACCUUCUAGGCUUGUUUGGGCGUCUGUGGGAAAUGUGCUAUGGAGAGAUUCAGGAGAAUUUGGCCAUUUGCUAGGUUUUAUAUAACAUGCGCGUGUUCCACGUACUGCUAGGAUUAGCAAAGUGGGAGCAUACUAUAGUGAUGAGAAAAAGGUUUUGAACUUUCAAUCUGUCAAACACUGGGUGGUCGCCUCAACCACUGUGCUACGGAAAUAUUCAUUAUACUCUUGCUUGCUUUGGAUUCAUCGCUCUUUCUUUAUAAAAACUGUCAGUUUUGUGCCCAAACAAUAGAGCGAUUCAGAAUCAUUUCUGCCAUGUGAUCAAGUAUUCUCUUGUAGUUUUGUACUCAUUAUAUCUAGGCAAAAAUUAGUAGUUUCAUGCCAGUUUCAUCCAUAACAAUUGUCUGGUACAGUUGUUAUCUGCUCGUUUCCUGUUUUGAGAAAAGUCAACUUGAAUCUCACGUUUGCCGUUUCCGCAAUCGCGAUUCUAAAUCUCUCUAAUGGCGCGUCUUUUUACGUCACAGGUUCAGAUGACACAAGCUCAAAUGGGUCAGCCCCAGGUCCCCAUGACCCAAGGGCAAGUAUCGCAGGCUCAAAUGCAGGUUCAGCAGCAGCAGUUAUCACAGUCUCAGUCCAGUUUUCUACCUGAGAAUAUGAGCUUACUGGAUAUCCUACCUCAGUGA